CAGGACUGUGUCAUUAUCGUAAUGUGUAGACACUACGAUACCUUGAGAUUGGAUUGCACCGGAUUGGUCACUGGUUCGCGAUGGGUGGAGUAAGUUAGAGGUCCGCUGAAUCUUCCACAUUCUUGGGUCCAAGAGAAAAAAAUGAGUAAAAAAUGAGAUGGCAGUGCGCUUAAUGCUGUGCGGAGGAAAGAACGGUCCUGCUAGUCAUGCAGGCAGGCAAGACCUAGACUGUCUGGAGGAGGAACGAAACCACCCACAAACACAAAAGUUCCCGCACCACGCUCGACGCAGAAAGGCCCACAAUGCACGACAUAAGCUGAACAUGGGUUGAGUCAUGUGAGCGAUGUUCGACUCAGCGCCAUCGAUCGCCAUGGCCGCGAUCGAUAGCUGUGUGGCUCUCUUAGCGACCGAGCCCUACGCUAGCGAGUAGUGUGCUCGCGGAAUGAUAAGCCACGAGUGUGAGCGAAGUGGGCCUGGUAGGGCAGUGGGCAGACAACGGAAGUCGGCUUCAGUUUCCCUGGCACGCAAGCGUGAGAAGCUGCCGAGUCCUGCCCAACUACACAGUGCGUCGUGAUAGCUGGACGGCCGAGGGCGAGAGUCUGUGGCUAUGGAUGACAGACAGCCCGCAGAAGAGCCGAUGGGUCGGCCUCUUCUUGCGCACCAGCACAGAUCUCGCCUUCCCUUCCCCUCCCAUCCCGUCACCUCCCCUCCCUUGGCUUUGCACCCUUGUGACAUUUUGAUAGGUGGCAUCAGAGGACAGUGUCCUUGACCUUCUCACCCGCCGACUCCAGUGGCGGCUACAGUAUGCGAAGCUCGCUGGCCCAACAGGUUGUGGAGCAGUUUCUGCGGACCCCGCAACAAUAAAUCAGUGAGGGCAAUGCGUUUGCAGCUUACAGUAUUAUUAUGCUCUGACGCACCGUGCUUAUGUGAUGUGUAUGAUUCAUGAACGUAAGGCACGCAGGCCUUGGCUUGCUUGGCUUUGGCAAGCCUCUUGCGGCCGCGAAUCGCAACCGGAGAAGGCCUCGCCCAGUGCCCACAUGCCCACUGCGGAGAAGCCAGAACAAGAUGGAAAGUCAGGAACUUGGGUCUGAGGACCUAGGACGCCAUAAUUCCUCCCGGGACUCGCGAGCUGCCAAAUCUCGCGUCUGACCGGCACCUUCUCUCAUGUCCGUGCAGUCGCCGGUUUUCUCUGAAUCCCGGCCAGCAUCCCCGCCCUCCCAACACGGGAGGUCCUUCUGUGUUUCACAUUUGGAGACUCCUCGUGUACGACCGAUCCGUGUAUUGUACGAAACAACGCUCCUCGUGAUUUGUACGAGUAUAUGAUACAUUGUGGGUCACGCAUUUCUGCGCUACAUAUUUUUAGUUAACUGAUAAAACGACAUUGUGCAUCCGCGCGCGCUCCUGACGACACCGUUUCUUCUCGUUGGCGUCAUAGGUGUGUGAGUCAAACGGCAGCAACAAGCCUCUAGCGACCAUGUUCGAGCCACUUUUGCGUCCGGACCACAUUCGAAACUGGCUGGGUGAAACACAACAUGUGAAAUUCCUCGUCACACGAAAGCUCAUCGUCAGCCGGCGAAGAUUAUUCGGGAAUAUUGGAAAGUCCAACAUGAAGCGACGUGGAAGUCUACUCCAACCUUCAGUAGCUACACACACAUUUAUAAGUGGAUCCCCCACGAUUUGCAAAUUCCUUAUAUUGAAACUGCAAACUGGUCAAGACUAGCAUAUUAACUCAAGAGAC